AUGAGGCCCGGAGGAUAGCGGCUCAAGGCUGAAGGGGCAGCACACUCGGUUGGGUGCUCCUCUUAGGGCUGUUUGACAGGAGCAAGGAACUACAACUCCCGAAAUGCACUGCGCCGCAGGCUUGCGCGAGACAGUGACGUGAGGGUUUGGUCGCUACCAUUUCGCUGUGACUUGGGGGGACACGGUGGCGAAGACUGAUGACGUGCUCUUCGUGAGGCUGGGGUGGGGGUCACCGGAGGUCCUCGCGGCUCAGCGGGCUGCAGUUCUCAAAGUUCCUUCGCGAAACUUCUUGCUUGACCAAUUUAAACGGACGAUUUACUUACCCUAAAUUAGAGAUCAAGAUAUCAGCUUCCGGUGUGCCGGCUGCCUUCCCAACCCCGGGCCGGCCACUGAGUCAGCCAGACGAUACUAUUAUUAGUAGUGUCAUUAUUUAGUCGACUUUAUUUUUAAGUACUCCGAAACUUGUAGAAGAUUUCAGGAGUUUUCUUACAAAGAACUACCGUACACCCUUUGACAAUUAAGUUGGCUGCCGCUACGGUGCAGUUUUACCUCUGUAUUUAGUGGUACUUCGGUGUGUAUUUUCUAAAAACGAGCACAUUCUCCUACAUCCAGAAUCAGAGCCCGGUUUGGGGUUGUCUGAGAUUUCUUCACCAGUUGACUCUGUGGUGGACAGAAGUGCUGCUGACCAGACGCCAUUAUUCAGAGUGUCCACCCUGGCCAUGGUCCAUGCUUUCCUCAUCCACACCUUGCGGGCUCCACAGGCCCAGGACCCGGGCCUUUGCCGAGUGCUCUACUCCUGCGUCUUUGGUGCUGAGAACUCACCGGAUGACCCACGACCACGUGGUGCUGAGAGGGACAGACUCCUCCAAAAGGAGCAGAUUUUGGCUGUGGCCAGGCAGGUGGACUCCAUGUGCCAGCUGCAGCAGCAGGCAUCUGGCCGGACCCCCAUGGACCUGCAGCCUCAGUCGUCAGAUGAGCCAGUGCACCUGCAUGAGGCCCCCCUUGGGGCCUUCCGCCUGGCAGCAGGGGACCCUUUUCAGGAGCCUCGGACAGUGGUAUGGCUGGGUGUGCUCUCAUUAGGAUUUGCCCUGGUGCUGGAUGCCCACGAGAACCUGCUGCUGGCUGAGGGCACACUCCGGCUGCUGGCACGCCUCCUCCUCGACCACCUCCGGCUGCUGACCCCCAGCACCAACCUCCUGCUUCGGGCUGAUCGCAUCGAGGGCAUCCUCGCCCGCUUCUUGCCCCAUGGUCAACUGCUCUUCCUCAAUGACCAGUUUGUCCAGGGUCUGGAGAAGGAAUUCAGUGCUGCAUGGCCCCGCUGAUCCCUCACUGGGAUGGGACUUCCUGAGAGGGCAAGGAGGGAGGACAGGGAUGGGUGGACACACAGCCAGGUGAAGCUUGGCAUUGGCCUCCUUCACAACCUGCCCCCGGCUCUGGUGUGGUACCAUACACAGGAUGAGUGGACAGCACAAACUGUCCAUAACAGUGGACAGAAGAGGGGGCUGGCCAAAGGACGGUGGGGAGGAAUCCCAGAACAUCCUGUACCUGGCGUUGCCAUGUGACUUAUUCAUACUGCUGCAGUGGGCCAGCCCCACCUGUCCGUGACCCCAGUUUCUCCCAUCUUCAGCAGCCAGCCCCCAAAACAGUCCACCAGUUGCUAGUGUUAGAGCAUAAAGAACAGAACUCAGUCUACUUUCUCCUUCUAAACCCACAGUCAGUCAUUGCAACCCAAAGGGAAUCUGAGACUCCCAGGGUCGGGGAGCUGGCUGCUGCUGCCUUUGUACCUACUUAGGCAACAUUAUCAGUAAGGAUUUUGGGGGCCCCUGGGUGGCUCAGUCAUUAAGCAUCUGCCUUCAGCCCAGGUCAUGAUCCCAGGGUCCUG